AGUUAACAACAAAAAUCCAGCAACGCCACGUCGCACAAACAGGACAGGAGGGGGCGAGGGGUGUGUGCGCGCGCGUGCUGUCCCCAAAUGGAUGAGAAAUAAGGGAAAGGAGGGGCUGGGGACCGUGUGAUGAAGUAACAUGCUAGGCCCGGGACAAGUCCGGCUCCGGCCUCGGGUCUGGAGGAACAAGGCUGGGGGCCGGGUGGCGCGGCGCCCGGGUCCCGGCUGGCAGACGGGGCCUCUGGUCUUCCCCCAGGGCGAGGGUCGUGGCGGGAAGCGGGGACAGGGCGCGCGCUCCGAGCCUCCUCCCCGCCCCGCCCAAGGGUCUUCCUCCCCCGGGAUUCAGAGCGGCCCCUCCUCCAGGCCAGGCUCGCCGCGGGGCGCUGAGCAGGCCGGGACACCGCGGCCGAGGUUAUCGUUAGGCAUCUCCCAGGCGACCGGCUCCGCAGCAAGAUGGCGGACGAGAAAGACAGGGAAGACGGAGUCUCACUCUGUUGCCCAGGCUGGAGUGCAGUGGUGUGAUCUCGGCUCGCUGCAAGCUCUGCCUUCCGGGUUCACGCCAUUCUCCUGCCUCAGCCUCCUGAGUAGCUGGGACUACAGGCACCUGCCACCACACCUGGAGAUAAUAGUAGCAGAAUUUCACAAAAAAAUCAAAGAGGCAUUUGAAGUGUUUGACCAUGAGUCGAAUAAUACAGUGGAUGUGAGAGAGAUUGGAACAAUUAUCAGGUCACUAGGAUGCUGCCCUACGGAAGGAGAGCUGCAUGAUCUGAUUGCAGAGGUAGAGGAAGAAGAACCCACUGGAUACAUUCGAUUCGAAAAAUUUCUUCCGGUGAUGACAGAAAUACUACUAGAAAGAAAAUACAGACCAAUUCCAGAAGAUGUCCUUCUUCGAGCUUUUGAGGUUUUAGAUUCAGCUAAACAUGGGUUUCUUACUAAGGAAGAGCUGAUCAAGUAUAUGACUGAAGAAGACUUGCUUAAGAUGUUUUUCAGAUCCUGAAUUCCAGCAAAACAGCCGACACCAACCAGUUUGAAGACCCCCACAGAGGAAUGUGAUCAGCAUGAAAAUACAGCUCCAUCUCCCUCUCCCAUGACUCCACCCUGCACACUUCGACCAGUCAACCAUCUCCACACUCCAGUCUCCACUCCCAAACCCUUAAAAACCCCAGCCCCAAACUCCUCAGGGAGAUGGAUUUGACGUUUCCUCCGAUUUCCUCCUUCGGUGACCCUACGAUGAAACCUCUUUCUCUGCUGCAACCCUAUGCCUCGGUGUGUUCACUUGCUGGUCCCAUCCAGCGAUGGACCCAUCGUGGUCACCGUGGCUGGCCAAGCCUGCUGUGCUUCACAGACCCCACUCAGGAUCACACCACUUCGUUCCACUGUUUGGAGAGGCCAUGUUUGCUUAUCCCUGCAUCAGCUGAUGAGCAUUUGUGCUGUUUUCACUUUUUGGCGAUUACAAAAAUGUUGCUAUGAGCAUCCGUGAUAUUCGCCCAUUUAAAAAAGUGUUUUUCACCAUUACUGCUGUGGGAAAUUUCUCCCUGGCUCUGUCCUUUCUUUGUAGCCCAGCCUUCCCCCAGGUUUUGGCUCUCCCUCUCUGGCUGAAUGUCAGCUCCUUGCCUCACCUCCUAGAGCAAUUCCACUCUCCCACCUCCUGCUGCGGCAUUUCCAAAGCCUCUGCUUAGCAAGGGACCACCCAUUCUGCACCUCUCCCCUUAGGGCUGCAAGCACCUGCACAAACUUGGUGGUUAUCAUAUGCUUCAACCCAAUCAAAUUCUCUCAGUUUUCCAUCAGCAAUCUUUUUAAGCCAAAGGGAAGGCAAGGACUUGAUCUUCACAUCACAUGAAUCAUGACACCUACCUUAGAAGGCAGAAGCAACUAUAGUUGGAAUAGCAAUUGUUUUUCAACAUGUGGGAUGAUAUCAAGGCUCUUUCCUCCCCAUAUGUCCUGUCCUGUUAGUGGCUGGGGCUGAGGGUUUUCCCAGGAAGCCAGAUUGUCCUCAGAAGUUCAGCAGGACCCUAGGGCUUCCACAGAUAGUAGGACUGUUAUCAGAAAGAAGUCUCAAUCCAGAUGCUGAGAGAGGGUUCUUGGAUAUCGCCCAAGAAAGAAUUCAGGGGGAGUCCAUAGAGUGAAGUGAAAGCAAGUUUGUUAAGAAAACA